UGUGUCAGUUAAGAAGUACCAUGGGGUUUGUGGUGUUGGGAUUCAGAUCCAGCUGCUGCAGUGUUUGAUGGGAUUUGGGAUAAACAGCAGAUGUUCCUCUCCAGGGAGUGAGACGUGAGCGACCUUUCAGCCACGAUUAACCCCAGAAUUAAUGAUUUCAGAGCUCGUAGUUUAUUUGUGUUUGAGAAAUGUCAAAACACAGAGUGCGAGGCUUGGCGAGGUGUUAAGAAGGAGAGGAUGAUGGUGUAGGACAGAUCGGGAAAGAGCGACGAGCCAGCAUGCCUUUUGCAGAUCUUCUAGAAGAAGUGGGUGGACUGGGGCGCUUUCAGCUGAUCCACAUCACGCUGCUCUCCAUCCCGGGCCUCUUGAUGGCCAGUCAGAACUUACUCAAUAACUUCACGGCAGGAAUCCCGGCACAUCAUUGCACCAUCCCCAACAUGACGUCUGCUCUCAACCUGUCUGAGGUAGAUCAGAGUGCUCUCUUGAGAGCCUUCAUUCCUCAGGAUGACUCUCAGCUUUCCCAAUGCAAAAGGUACAUUCAGCCCCAGUGGCAUCUGAGCUCAGGGAACCAAAGUCACACCAGGAACCUAAAUUACACAGUCAUGGAGACGGAGAACUGCAUGGAUGGAUGGACUUACAAGAAGACAGAGUUUAUUUCCACAAUCGUAUCUGAGUGGGAUCUAGUCUGUAAUCUCCGCCCACUCAAACAGAUGAGUCAGACCAUCUACAUGGGUGGAGUUCUCACAGGUGCCAUUAUUUUUGGAGGACUUUCAGACAGGUUUGGGAGGAAGAUGUUACUCACCUGGUCGUAUUUUCAGUUAGCUGUGUUGGGAACCUUCACCUCGUUCUCUUCAUCCUUCCUGGCCUACAGCACCUUCCGCUUCUUCACUGGCAUGGCCGUGUCUGGGGUCAUCCUCAACACCGUGUCCCUCAAGGUGGAAUGGAUCCCCACAAAGACCCGCACUUUGGUGGGUUCCCUCUCCUCCUUGUUCUUCACCGUUGGUCAGAUAGUUCUGGCGGGGAUAGCGUACAGUCUGAAGGAUUGGAGGAAGCUGCACGUCGCUGUCUGCUCUCCAUUUUUCAUCGUGUUCCUCUACAGCUGGUGGUUCUCCGAGUCGGCAAGAUGGUUGGUGCUGAACGGUCGCUCAGGUGAAGCUCUGCAGGAGCUCCACCGUGUGGCCAGAAUCAAUGGCAAACAUGAAGCAGUUGAGAAAAUCACACUGGAGGUGCUGCAUUCACACAUGCAGAAAGAGCUUCAGUCCAGUAAGACAGUGUUCACAGCAUAUGAUCUGCUGCGCACGCCGGUCAUGAGGAGGAUCUCCCUGUGCCUCAUCGCAGUCUGGUUCUCCACCAGCUUUGCAUAUUAUGGUCUGGCGAUGGACCUGCAGAAGUUUGGUGUGAACAUCUACCUGAUGCAGGUGAUAUUUGGGGUGGUGGAUUUUCCUGCUAAACUGGUGGCUCUGGUCAUGUUGACGUUUUUGGGUCGGCGUUUAACGCAGGGUACGUGUCUCCUUGCAGCCUUUGUCAUCUUCACCAACAUCUUCAUCCCUAAAGACCUGCAGGUGAUGAGGACCACGCUGGCCGUGCUGGGGAAAGGCUUCACCUCUGCCUCCUUCACCUGCGUCUACCUGUUCACUGGAGAACUUUAUCCUACAGUCAUCAGGCAGACCGGGAUGGGUUUUGCCUCCACUAUGGCGCGUAUCGGGUCGAUGGCUGCCCCAGUGGUCCUGAUCCUGGACGAGCUUUUCCCUGCGCUGCCCAGUGUGGUGUACGGCUCAGCCGCUGUAAUCGCAGGAGUCACUGCGUUUCUGCUGCCCGAGACUCUGAAUGUGCCACUGCCUGACACUAUCGAGGACGUGGAGGAGAAAUGGUCAAAGAAAACUUGCAGGUUUCAGGAGCAGCUCCAGCAUGAGGCCAUGGUGCUCGACACACUUGGCCAGACUGCAGAGGAACCUGAGGAGCGACAAUCCAGUGGACUCGAUGCUCUCUAACACACACUCCACACACUCCACUUACUGCACCUGUAUUCACACUGAUCCUGCGUCAGGCUGCAACACACCUGUAGUGAUCACCUGACCAAAAUAAAAGGAAAAGAGAAACCGCA